CGUUUGAGAAAGGUAAGUCAUUUUCCUUCAUCUUCCCUUCCUCCACAUUGAAUUUCGAUCGAUCCAGUGACCUUUCUAAAGCCUCAAACCCGAAACCCAGAGGCGGGGCGAGAGCAAGUGCCAUAAAAAACAAAACCCCUUUUCCCCUCUUUGUUUUCUAUCUCUCAUCUUAUUGAGUCCGCGACUCAUUCAACUGAUACUGAAAGCUACAUAGCGAGAGUGAGCAGGAGACGAAGCUGCUGCUGCUGCUUUGCCUUGCGAACAGAAAUUACUGAUAGCAAAUGGUGGAGAAGCUGGAAGAGCGGCUCAUGGAGCUGGGAUCCAAGUUGGAAUCUCCUUCAUCCGCCAAGGGCGUCAUUCACCUAAUCAUGGUUCUUCUACAGCCAGACCCUUUUCUUAAUGAACUUACGAGCAUGUUUGAGCGAAGCACUGAGACCGGCUCUGUUUGGGUUACUUUUAAACGAUCAUCUUUGAAGUCGAAGGUUCAAAGGAACAAACUGAAGGCUGCUCAACAACCCAUCAAAUAUCGAUGCCUUACUCGUGUUACCAAUGCAAAAAAGACAAUUUCUACUUCGGUAUGUCCCUUUUUCCUUUGUGUUUUUUUUUUUUUGGUUAAAUGGAUAAAACACUUGUUUUUUAUGAAAAUUUGACCUGGCGAGGUGAAUGCAUUGGUUGAGUGAGUCUAUGAGUAUUUGUUGUGGUAUGCUACCCACACUCAUACUUCCUGCCAACUUGAGUUUCCACU